GGUGGUGCGUCCGAAGGCAUCAUUCGUUGGCGCACGAAUGAUACACGAGUCGAUUGGAUAGUGUCAAUUUGAAAGAUCUCUCAAUGGAGGAUAGUCCAGUGUGACGAUAGUUUUCGGCGCGCGAGAGCUCCGAGGUGGUUCGGGAUAACAUCAAGGUUACCGAUCCGACGAGGUUAGGUUUACCGACGAGACGCUUCGAUGAGCAGAUAUAAAGGAUCUAGGGAAUCACGCGGUGUCGCGUGUUCUCCCGACUUAAUUGAGUAUAACUGAAAAAAGAGCAGAUUCAAGGCACUUCGAAUUUGAAUAUUCCAAAUAUUUACUUGUAGAUUUGUUUUUCAAGCAAAUGAAGAAAUUAAAAAGCAAAUUCUUCCAUCGAUGUCCAUAUUGGCAUAUCGCUAGCAUCUUUAUCUCAUCACAAUCAAACAUAAUGCUGAUCACAUAGCAUAAAUUGGACCAUAUAUAGAAAAAAAAUUAAACACUAAGAUACAAAUUUCCUAAUAAAUCAUGUACAAGGCAUAGAAGAUACAGUCAAGAUAUUUAGGAUAUUUAAUACUCAGUGCACAUCUUUCAUCUAAUAUUUCCUUCUGCAAGAAGUACUGUAUCCUCCAUAGUAAAGAGACCAAAAACUCUGUUAAUUAAUCUUCAUCUAGUGAAGAUGACCAGCAGACUUGAAGAAACAGAGCAGAAAUGGAUCUGCGAGUACUGCACUUAUGAAAACUGGCCCUCUUCUUUAAAAUGCACUAUGUGUAGGGGCGCAAAACCUCUCCUAGGUGAAGACAUAUAUCGUCUUCGGGAUCCUAGCCCUCAAAGAGGUUCCUCAAAUGUUGCUUCUGGUCCUGUGCCCCAGAUAAGCCCUACAGAUAACUACAUCUCGCAAAAUUAUAGUCAGAAUUUACCUUCUGCAGGAAAGUGGGCCUGUAGCAUGUGCACUUAUCUUAAUUAUCAGAAUACAACACGUUGCGUUCAGUGCAGCAAUCGUAAACCGGUCAAUCAAUCUGUUAAUUCGUUAGCCUCGAAUCUGCAUGAACAUUUAGCACCACUACGAUUGGCCGAUGGGCCGCCAAACUCGGGAUCAAAUUCCCAGUUGAAUCCUUCGCCAAUCAAUCUCCAUCCGGAAAGGUUAUAUAAUAUGCAUCCAGAAAAGUGGUCUUGCCACGUGUGUACUUAUGAGAACUGGCCAAAAGCGACUAAAUGCAUCAUGUGUGGUCAUCUAAAGGAGAAAGAUAGGAGGGAUAAAAAUACACAAGGAAAUGUAGGAGUAAUUUUACCGAGUCCCGAGAGGGAGCACAGUCAACGGAGCCUGCCGUCACCUCCGCUGCAUGCAUCCUAUAUUCAUCAAACACAGAGAGAAGAUAAUUUGGCGAUAGGAAGGAGAGGCUCACAUAGAUAUGCAGACAGUCGAAAUGACAGCCUGUCGACUCCUCAAUCCCCGAAUAACUGUGAUUACGAGCGCCGAUUGAAGCAGUUGAAACGCCACACCGAUUGGUGUUGGCUCAAUGCUUGUCUCGGUAUUGUCGAGGGUGACAACACUCCCGUCGAAGCUUACCUGGCGAGCGGUGGUGAUCCCGCUCGUCAACUGACGCAUUCUGAGGUUUUGCUCCUCAAUAGAAGUAGCGCGUUUGACGUCGGGCACACCUUAGUGCACUUGGCUAUUAGGUUUCAAAGAGAAGAUAUUUUAGCAACAUUGUUGUCGCAAAUCGAGGGUUCGGGUUCGGGUGUGAAGAGGGUACCAAGCUAUGUUGCGCCAGAUCUUGCGGUGCAGAUUCGCCGACACGUCACCAAUAGUAUACGCUUACGUAAAGGUUCCUUUCCCUGUUAUUUUGUCACCGAUAUGGCCACCUUCGCGCUGCCAGCCGAGGUUGAAGACUUACCGAGUAUCGUGCAAGAGCAGAUGUUGGAAGAAUUAUUAGAUAAGGAAGCUCAACAGCAAUUAGAAGGUGGUGGAGGUGAACCUCCAGCUCUAAAUUGGUCCUUAGAAAUUACUGAACGAUUAGGCAGCCGUUUACACGCACUUUGGAAUCGAUCGGCCGGAGACUGCCUUCUAGACUCUGCCAUGCAGGCAACCUGGGGUGUUUUUGAUAGGGAUAACGCCUUGAGAAGAGCGCUCGCUGACACUCUGCAACAAGCCGGACAAUUCUUUUAUCCUCGAUGGAGAGAAUACGAAGCCUCGCAGGCAGCUAGAAUGUUAGAUUUUACUUUAGAAGAAACACAAUGGCAAGAAGACUGGGAAAAUUUAUUGGCAACAGCCGCUCAACCUGGAAGUGCGUUAGAACAAUUGCAUGUAUUUGCUCUUGCCCACAUUUUAAGACGACCCAUUAUCGUCUACGGAGUUAAAUAUGUUAAAAGCUUUCGUGGUGAAGAUAUAGGCUAUGCAAGAUUCGAGGGCGUCUAUCUUCCAUUGCUCUGGGAACCUUCAUUCUGCAUUCGCUCACCGAUCGCUUUGGGUUACACUCGCGGUCACUUUACGGCAUUGGUGCCAAUUGAGCCGUACACUUCGUCCAGAAUACCACCCUUAGCGUCUCAUGGGGUGGUAAGUAGUAAUAAUAGUUCGCUCGAACAAUUGCAAAUCCAGAUGCAAACCACCUUCAUGCCGCUAAUGGACCGUGAGCAUAAACUCCUACCAAUACACUUUCUCACGGCGGACGAGAUUGGUCGCGAGGAAUCCAUCUACAAGGAAUGGUUGGAUGUAUGCAGGACCGAAGGUGGAAUUCUUGUCGCGCAUCAGAAGCUUCACAAAAGACCACUACUCGUUGCGCAGAUGUUGGAAGAAUGGUUAAAUCAUUAUCGUAGAUUAGCUCAAACCAACGAAGCACCCUUUUCAAGACCACCCACUCUGCAGGAUUACAGCAGUGAUGGUGAUACUGAAGAUGAAUAGUAUGAUAAUCCUAAGAGAGAAGUAUUGCGACUGACAUGAGAAGCAUCUCCGUUCUUACAAGUUUACUCUUGGCUAAAAAUGAUAAAAUAGCUAGAAUUAUAUAUAAAAUGUAAACUAUAAUACACGUAAAUUCUGUACUUUAUGAAUAACUCGAUACAGAAAAACUACUACGUCCAUACAUAUUCACUGGCAAUGUACCAAUUUACUAAAAAAUUGAAAACUGUAUUAUAUCACUAUUCACCGUACAAGUAAAAAUGUGUGAAAUUUAAAUCCAGAUUUAUAUAAACUGUCCUCA